AUGGAUCCAUCAACUUAUCAAAGUAAGGUGGAUAUAAUGGAGGAGCGCUUUAAGGGCUUGGAAUUAGAGGUGGAAUUACUCAAGUCUAAGAUGAUGUCUGGUACUAAGUCUGCUGACACACCCUCAAGCUCUGGCGCACCCUCAGUCACAGGACCAAACCAAGGCUCGGACCCGACAGCGUCAAACAUGAUCAAGGAGCUCGAGAUUCGAUUAGAAAGAACAGAAGAGGAGCGUAAUAUGCUUCAGUCUGAAUACGACGAUCUUCGUGCGACUUUCGAGCGUUGGAAAGCCGAGUAUGACGAGUCACGCGAAGCGCAAGAAGAAUUGGAAAUGACAUGGCUAGAGAAAUUCGAGGAAGAGAAAAAGAGAAGUCGCGCCCUUUUCCAAAAGCUACAGGAAAUGAAGGGGAAUAUCCGUGUCAUGUGUCGUAUCCGCCCUGCUUCGGCGGAUACACCAGUGGAUGAACUUGUCGACUUUGGACCGCGAGAGAAGGGUGAGUUUUCAAAUUCAUGGGGGCAUAUGGAACUCCCUGUAGAACGCAAGAACGUUAUUGGUAAUAUAGUUACCAGUAAGCGGCCAUUCGACUUCGAGCGCAUCUUCGGCCCAGAGGAGUCGAACAAUGACGUAUUUAACGAGAUCAGCGAUCUCGUAGAAUGCGCACUUCAAGGUGAUAAAGUUGGAAUUUUUGCGUACGGGCAGACCGGGUCGGGUAAGACUUACACUCUUAGCCACAAAGGUCCCGAGGGUGGUUUAGAAGACGGUAUUAUUCCCCGAACAGUAGCUUCAAUGUUCAAGAUCGCUGAAUCAUCAACGAGGAACAAGUUCUCGAUUUCCCUGUCCAUCUUGGAAAUUUAUAUCAACAGCAUCUUUGACCUACAGGAGCCCAUUGACGGUGAGAAAGUCCAAACGCGCAUUGAAGAAGCUAAGUUUCUGCCAUUAGAAUCUCUAGAAUCGGCGGAAACUAUGAUCGAGGAAGCAUCACGACUUCGCGUGUCGAGCUCCACGAACAGGAAUGAAACGUCUUCUCGCUCACAUCUCAUCUUGACCUUCCAGAUUACUCGAGAAAACCUCGAAGGGGGACCAGCCCAGCACGGAUUUCUGUAUCUCGUGGAUCUCGCGGGUUCCGAGAGAUCCGCGGCAAGCGGAUUGAAUGGAGCACAGCUACAAGAAGGUAUCAAGAUCAACGAGUCGUUAAUGAGCUUGAAUCUGGUGAUCACAGCUUUAGGAAAGGGUACACACGUAGCUUACGAUACUGUGCUAACGAAAGCAUUGAGACCUGUUCUGGCCCACGAUUCCAAGACUCUCAUGUUUGUCAUGGUGAGCCCAUUGAAGAGAGACUUGAUCACGUCGAUCCAGACUCUUGAAAAGGGUCAAGAGGCGACCAAUGCCAAGUUAGCCGCAGUCAACCGCAAUGACGCUAGAAGGCCGGCUACUUCCGCUCCCGCGGGAGUUCGGACUCCACAGCCAGCGUUAUCACGCGGGCUGAAGACUCCAACGCCCAAUCCGGCACAAUCCGGUAGGUCCAGCCCGAAUACUGCGUCCCCUAGGCAAGACACACCGCGUUCAGGAAGGAAUUCCGUGCGCAGCCCGCUGGGUGGGAGAAGAGGAGCGGGGCGAGGAGGCUCUAGAGCGUAA